AUGGAAAAGCAAAUCCAUCGUUUGUCAAAUAUUCCCCAGAUCGUCUUCUACGAGGACAGGAACUUCCAGGGCCGCUCCCAUGAGUGCAGCAGCGACAGCUCCGAGCUGAAUUCUUACUUCAGUCGCUGCAACUCCAUCCGGGUGGAGAAUGGAAACUGGAUGAUUUACGAGCGUCCCAACUACACCGGACAGCAGUACUUUGUGAAGAGGGGCGAGUACCCGGACUGCCAGCACUGGUCCGGCCUGAGCGACUCCAUCAGGUCCUGCCGCGUAAUCCCCCAGCACCGAGGCUCCUUCAGGAUCAGGAUCUAUGAGAGGGAGGACUUUAGAGGUCAGAUGAUGGAGUUCACUGAAGACUGUCCUUAUGUGAACGAAGAGUUUAAUUACCACGACAUCCACUCCUGCAACGUCCUUGAUGGACACUGGAUCUUCUUUGAGCAGCCCAACUACAGGGGGCGUCAGUAUUACCUGAAACCCAGGGAAUACAGAAGAUUUACAGACUGGGGCGCCAUGAACGCAAGAGUCGGCUCCUUCAGACGCAUCACUGAUUUGUACUAAAAAUGCUGAAAGUUUUCCAUGUGCUUAAAUUAAUUACAAU